AUGCUGCGCAGGAUCUUUGUCCAUGAGAUGCAGAGUAAUGCCAAUCUUGAUGCAUUUUAUGCUAUUCGGAGAAACCAAGUCAAGAAAAGUAUUAAAGAUGUAUAUGGCAAGAAUGGAACAACCAUUGACGUGCGGAUGCUAGCAUAUUCAACUGUCAUCAACAUGAUGACCAGCAUGUUCUGGGGUGGCACGCUUGAAGGAGACAUAGGUGCUAACAUCAAUGCUCAGUUCCGAGAUGCAGUAUCGGAACUCCUCAUUAUAUGGGGGAAACCAAAUAUUUCGGAUUUCUUUCCAUUUCUGGCUAGUUUUGACAUUCAAGGGAUACAAGGAGAUAUGAAAAGGGCAUCACGAUGGAUGGAGAAAAUCUUCGAUUUUGUCAUAGAUCCAAGAACUAAAAAUAAUACAAAUAUUUCUAAUAAUGACUUUUUAGAUUUCCUCUUGGAGUUCAAAGAUCAUGAGACAGGGAAGUCGCUCUCCCGACCACAAAUCAAAGCCCUUUCUUGUGGUGUGGUUUCUCCUUUCAACUAUGUUCUUUCUUCCCUUCUAUAUUACAUGUCACCACCUUGGCAAAACUUGAGUCCCCUUUUGGUAAUUUACUUCGUAUGUUCAAUUUUCAAUGGACAGGACAUAGUAAUUGGGGGCACCGGUACAACCUCCACCUCUUUUGAGUGGACAAUGGCAGAACUAAUGCUACACCCGGAAGUAAUGAAAAAAACCCAGGAAGAAUUGACAAAAGUUGUAGGUGAUGCCAACGUUGUGGAGGAAUAUCACUUUCACAAACUGCCUUAUCUCCAAGCAGUUGUGAAGGAGACAUUAAGAUUACACCCAUCGGCCCCAUUGUUGCUACCUCGCUGUCCUUCCCAAACUUGCACCCUGGGUGGAUAUACUAUUCCAAAAGGUGCAAAGGUGUUCUUGAAUGCUUGGGCUAUGCAUAGGGAUUCUCAACUUUGGGAGAAUCCGUAUGAGUUUCGGCCUGAGAGGUUUGUUGGUGAUUCUAAUAAACUGGACUUCUCUGGGAACAAAUUUCACUAUAUUCCAUUUGGAUCUGGUAGGCGAAUGUGUGCGGGGCUUCACCUCGGGGAGAGGAUGUUGAUGUAUACUUUGGCUACAUUUCUGCACAUGUUCCAUUGGAAAGUUCCGGAUGGUGAAAAGCCUGACACUGGUGAAAAAUUUGGAAUUGUCUUGGAGAAAUCAACGCCCUUGAUUGUUCUUCCGACCCCUAGAUUGAACAACUUAAAGCUCUAUCACUAG